GCGUAACAAUUUUCUAAUGAGUCAGUAAUACCCACCACCACAGGUGCUUAUGCUACCCCCCGAAGGGUGGCCUCGUGUUUUAAAAAAAUAUACCUAAGGUAUCUUAUAUGUAAUCAGUUAGCUCUGACAACUUUAUUUAUUUACCCGACCCAAGAGUCGGAACCUAAAUAUCGCCAGCAAGAAGCCAAUUCAAUUUACGAAACACCCAGCGAUUCUUCUACGCUUAAAACUAGAUCUUGCCGACCAAGAAAUACUGCUAUCCUGUCCAUUAUGCCCGCUGCUACCGAUGGCUCAAUAAACGCGCCGAGUGAGACUUCAACCUCGACACAAGCUGGGCAAGGCCGCGGCAGAGGAGAACGGAACUCGAGGGGUAGGGGUAGGGGGCGCGGACGAGGUGAUGGAAGUUCUAGGGGUGGGGGACAAGGCAGAUCGCAACGUGGGAGAGGUAAGGGGAUUAGCGCACCGGAUGCCUCUACCUCAUCAUUUGCAACACCGCUUCCUCAAGGAGACUCAGGCAUGGCAGCACCGCCCCCGUUACAAUCCAGAAACCCCCCGACUAUCACCGAAGCGAAUGCCGAUCAGGAAGAUGCGGAGGCCGAAGUGUGCUUCAUCUGCGCGAGCCCAGUUAUCCACCAGUCUGUCGCUCCCUGUAACCAUAGAACAUGUCACAUAUGUUCUCUGCGGAUGAGGGCGCUAUACAAGAAUAAAGAAUGCGCGCAUUGCAGGACACUUGCACCAUUCGUUGUUUUCACAGACGAUGCGAUAAAAAGAUAUCAAGACUACUCCGACAUCGACAUUACUAGUACCGACGAUAAUAUCGGGAUCCGGUACACGAAGGAAGAUAUCGUCGGGGAUACUGUUUUACUUCUGCGCUAUAAUUGCCCAGAUGACUCUUGCGACUUUGCCGGCCUUGGCUGGCCGGACCUGCACCGACACGUUCGUACGACUCACCACAAGAAGAUGUGCGACUUGUGUACAAGAAACAAGAAAGUAUUUACGCAUGAGCACGAGCUAUUCACAGACAAGGAGUUGGAGAGGCACAUGCGACACGGAGACGAUCGUCCUGGUGCGGUGGACCAGACGGGAUUUAAGGGACAUCCGCUCUGUGCAUUCUGCGGCCAGAGGUUCUACGACGACGACAAGCUCUACGAGCAUUGCCGGAGCAAGCAUGAACGUUGCUUUCUUUGCGACCGACAAGAUCCUAGACAGCCUCAUUACUACCGGGACUAUAAUGCGCUAGAAGAACACUUCAAAAAGGAUCAUUUCCUAUGCCUCGACCGCGAGUGUCUGGAGAAGAAAUUCGUUGUCUUUGACUCCGAGAUGGACCUGAAAGCGCAUCAGCUGAGCGAGCACGGGAAUUCCUUGUCUAAAGAUGUGCGACGCGAUGCUCGUCUAGUGGACCUUUCCAGCUUCGAUUAUCGGCAGCCUUACCAACAAAGACGAGGUGGCGGUUCCGGCCGGGAAAGAGAUGGAGAGAGGGAGAGGCGUGGAAGAGGUCGUGAUCCGAACGCAGAUCCUCUUCCAGUCAGCUCGGCACAACCUCUUCGGCGAGACGAGCUUGCUUUCCAGAGGCAAAUGGCUAUACAUUCUUCGCAGUCCAUUUCCAACCGGACGUUUGGUGGCCAGCUAUCAGCGACGCCCUCUUCAAAUAAUGUUACUCCCUCCGCCCAAGCAAGUGAGCAAGCGACAAGACCGCCCAACUCUUCUGUCUCAACUGCUACAGCGCCGUCUGUUGAGAUGGAAGGGCUAAGCUUGACGGAUCCGAAUCUGUCACAAGAAGAUCGCGUUCGACUUCUCCGGCACUCUGCCGUAAUUGAACGGGCCUCGAACCUACUGCAGAAUGAUCGGCACAAGAUUGCGACCUUUCGUAAUCAAAUAUCUUCUUAUAGACAAGGUAAGCUGUCAGCUGCGGCGCUUGUAGACGCCCUCUUUUCUCUAUUUGCCGAUACCUCGUCUUCCCCUCUCGGUACGCUUGUCCGAGAGGUUGCGGAUCUUUUCGAGGAUAAGAAUAAGGGAGAUGCUUUACGAAAGGCAUGGAAUGAUUGGAGAGCCAUCAAUGAAGAUUACCCAACUCUGCCAGGCUUGAGCGGUAUGCAUGGUGCAACAUCUUCGAACACCGGCUGGGCAGCCGCUGCCUCCAGCUCGCCUCUUGCGGCCGCCACGGCGCCAUCUCAAAGGCACACAACCCGAGUUCUUAAACUCAAAAGCUCGACACAACAAUCACGACGGUCGAAUGCAGAACAGUCUUCAAGUGUGUUCUCUAGCUCAAGUUCAUCACGCCAUCCACCGUCGACGUCAACAGCAGCCUCAUUCCCUGCCUUACCAAAAAGUAAUGCGAGCGUGGGCAACACAUCGCGGUCGACGACAACACCACAUUGGGCUUCUAGCACAAGCUCCCAAACCCCGACUAGAACGCCGAAGCCUGGCAAUCGGGAUGAAGCCUUUCCCGCUUUGCCCACAGCGCCAAAGCCCACUACAACAAUAUUCGGCUACGGGACAGGGAGCGUACGGCGGGAUGCUGGUGGGCCGAGAAAUACGGGCUUCGCGUGGGGGGCAUCUGGCGGAGAUGCAUCCACGCAAAAUGUCGAUAAUGCAGGCGGAGAGGGAGAAGAUAAUACUGGAAAGGGGAAGAAGGGAAACAAAGGCCGGAAGAAAGUGUUGGUACAAUGGGGCUAACGGACAAUUUGAGAAUAUAGCUGAGUACUUAGCUAUGUCUUUAUAACUGUUUACAGCUUACGGCACGGGCUUUGCAAUUCGCUUUAAGCAUUGUUAUUAUCAUACCUAGUAAGGUCAAAUGAUUAAAUUUACCAAGUGCUUAAGGUGUAAGGAUAGGACUUAUAUAGGUAAGGUAUGUACCUACCUAGGUACGUAGCCCAAGAGCCUUUCCAUGUUGCUCACAUAUAAGGUAGCUAAGUACGUCCACAUAACUCUUGUUUCCUCCA